AUGAAUGAAUCCAGGUGGACUGAAUGGAGGAUCCUGAACAUGAGCAGUGGCAUUUUGAAUGUGUCCGAACGUCACUCUUGCCCACUUGGAUUUGGCCACUACAGUGCGGUGGAUGUCUGCAUCUUCGAGACAGUUGUUAUUGUCUUGCUGACAUUUCUAAUCAUUGCUGGGAAUUUAACGGUCAUCUUUGUCUUUCACUGUGCUCCACUCUUACACCAUUAUACGACCAGCUAUUUCAUUCAGACAAUGGCAUAUGCUGAUCUUUUCGUUGGAGUUAGCUGCUUGGUUCCUACUCUCUCACUUCUCCACUACUCCACAGGUAUCCACGAGUCACUGACUUGCCAGGUUUUUGGAUAUAUCAUCUCAGUUCUAAAAAGUGUUUCUAUGGCAUGUCUUGCUUGCAUAAGUGUGGACCGCUAUCUUGCAAUUACCAAGCCUCUUUCCUACAAUCAACUGGUCACCCCUUGUCGCCUGAGAAUUUGCAUUGUUUUAAUCUGGAUCUACUCUUGCCUAAUUUUCUUGCCUUCCUUUUUUGGCUGGGGGAAACCUGGUUACCACGGUGACAUUUUUGAAUGGUGUGCCACCUCUUGGCUCACCAGUGUCUAUUUUACUGGCUUUAUUGUUUGUUUACUUUAUGCUCCUGCUGCCUUUGUUGUCUGCUUCACUUACUUCCACAUUUUCACAAUUUGCCGGCAGCACACCAAAGAGAUAAAUGACCGGAGGGCCCGAUUCCCUAGCCAUGAAGUCGCUGCCUCUGGAGAGACUGGGCAUAGCCCUGACCGUCGCUACGCCAUGGUUUUGUUUCGGAUAACCAGUGUGUUUUACAUGCUCUGGCUCCCGUAUAUCAUAUACUUUCUUCUAGAAAGCUCCCGGGUCUUGGACAAUCCAACACUGUCCUUCCUAACAACCUGGCUUGCUAUAAGUAAUAGUUUUUGUAACUGUGUAAUAUACAGCCUCUCCAACAGUGUUUUCCGGCUAGGCCUCCGAAGACUGUCCGAGACAAUGUGCACGUCUUGUAUGUGUGUGAAGGAUCAGGAAGCACGAGACCCCCAACCUAGGAAACGGGCUAAUUCCUGCUCUAUUUGA